AUGUGUGACGGCGCCCUGCUACCUCCUCUCGUCCUGCCCUUGCUGCUGCUGCUGGUUUGGGGACUGGACCCGGCCGCAGGUAGCCUGCUCUCCAGCGCCCUAUUUGGCCCCGCCUGCCCCGGCCACCUUCCUUCUUCUGCCCGGCGACAUCCUGGGCUUGAGCCGGCGGACAGCCGAGCCCUGCUGCUGCACCUGCCGGCCUUCGGCCGCGACCUGUACCUGCAGCUGCGCCGCGACUUGCGCUUCCUGUCCCGAGGCUUCGAGGUGGAGGAGGCGGGCGCUGCCGGACGCCGCGGCCGGCCGGCCGACCUGUGCUUCUACUCGGGCCGUGUGCUCGGCCACCCCGGCUCCCUCGCCUCGCUCAGCACCUGCGGUGCCGCCGGCGGCCUGGUUGGUCUCAUUCACCUUGGGCAGGAGCAGGUGCUCAUCCAGCCACUCAACCAUUCCCGGGGCCCCUUCAGUGGACGAGAGCAUCUGGUCAGGCGCAAAUGGUCCUCAACACCCAGCCCCUCCACAGAGACGCAGGUCCCUGGGCAGCGCUGCAAGGUUCUAACAGAGAAGAAGUCAAGGAGAGACAGGCCUUCGAGGGACUGGCGAGAGCGGAGGAAUGCCAUCCAGCUCACCCACGAGUAUACAGUGGAGACCAUGGUGGUGGCUGACGCCAACAUGGUCCAGUACCAUGGAGCAGAGGCAGCCCAGAGGUUCAUCCUCACCGUCAUGAACAUGGUAUACAAUAUGUUUCAGCACCAGAGCCUCGGAAUUAAAGUUAACAUUCAAGUUACAAAGCUUGUCCUGCUACGACAACGUCCUGCCAAAUUGUCCAUUGGGCACCACGGUGAGCGGUCCCUGGAGAGCUUCUGUCACUGGCAGAAUGAGGAAUAUGGAGGAGCGCGGUAUCUCGGCAACAACCAGGUUCCAGGAGGGAAGGAUGAUACGCCCCCUGUGGAUGCGGCUGUCUUCGUGACCAGGACUGAUUUCUGUGUUCACAAAAAUGAGCCGUGCGACACCGUUGGAAUUGCUUACUUAGGAGGUGUGUGCAGUGCUAAGAGGAAAUGUGUGCUUGCCGAAGACAAUGGUCUCAAUUUGGCCUUUACCAUCGCUCAUGAGCUGGGCCACAACUUGGGGAUGAACCAUGAUGAUGACCAUUCAUCCUGUGCUGGGAGGUCCCACAUCAUGUCGGGAGAGUGGGUCAAAGGCCGGAACCCCAGUGACCUCUCAUGGUCCUCCUGCAGUCGAGAUGACCUUGAAAACUUCCUUAAGUCAAAAGUCAGCACCUGUUUGCUGGUCACGGACCCCCGGAGCCAGCACGCAGUGCGCCUCCCUCACAAGCUGCCGGGCAUGCACUACAGUGCCAAUGAGCAGUGCCAGAUCCUGUUUGGCACCAACGCCACCUUCUGUAGAAACAUGGAGCAUCUGAUGUGUGCUGGUCUGUGGUGCCUGGUUGAAGGAGAUUCGUCCUGCAAGACCAAGCUGGACCCUCCCCUGGAUGGCACUGAGUGUGGGGCAGACAAGUGGUGUCGCGCCGGGGAGUGUGUCAGCAAGACACCCAUCCCAGAGCACGUGGACGGAGACUGGAGCCCGUGGGGCGCCUGGAGCAUGUGCAGCCGAACAUGUGGCACGGGAGCCCGCUUCCGGCAGAGGAAAUGCGACAACCCCCCCCCUGGGCCUGGAGGCACACACUGCCUGGGGGCCAGCGUGGAGCACACAGCCUGCGAGAACCUGCCCUGCCCCAAGGGCCUGCCCAGCUUCCGGGACCAGCAGUGCCAGACCCAUGACCGGCUGAGCAGCAAGAGGAAGGGCCUGCUGACUGCAGUGGUGGUUGAUGAUAAGCCCUGCGAACUCUACUGCUCGCCCCUCGGGAAGGAGUCCCCGCUGCUGGUGGCCGACAGGGUCCUGGACGGCACGCCCUGCGGGCCCUAUGAGACGGACCUCUGCGUGCACGGCAGGUGCCAGAAAAUUGGCUGUGAUGGCGUCAUCGGGUCGGCUGCCAAAGAAGACCGGUGCGGGGUCUGCAACGGGGAUGGGAAGACCUGCCGAGUGGUGAAGGGGGAUUUCAACCACACCCAGGGCUCAGGUUAUAUUGAAGCUGCUAUCAUUCCUGCUGGAGCUCGGAGGAUCCGCGUGGUGGAGGAUAAACCUGCCCACAGUUUUCUGGCUCUCAAAGACACCAGUAAGAGAUCCAUCAACAGCGACUGGAAGAUCGAGCUCCCAGGAGAGUUUCAGAUUGCUGGCACAACCGUCCGCUACGUUAGAAGGGGCCUGUGGGAGAAAAUUUCUGCCAAGGGACCAACGAAAAUACCACUACAUCUGAUGGUGUUGUUAUUUCACGACCAGAGUUACGGAAUUCAUUACGAGUACACAGUUCCUGUAAACUAUACUGCGGAAAAUCAAAGUGAACCAGAAAAGCCCCAGGACUUGCUGUUCAUCUGGACCCACAGCGGCUGGGAAGGGUGCAGCGUGCAGUGUGGAGGAGGGGAACGCAGAACUAUUGUGUCUUGCACGCGGAUUGUUAACAAGACCAUGACCCUGGUGAACAACAGUGACUGCCCUCCAGCAAGCCGCCCAGAGCCCCAGGUCCGGAGGUGCAACUCACACCCGUGCCAGUCAUGGUGGGCAGCAGGGCCAUGGAGCCCCUGCUCGGCGACCUGUGAGAAGGGCAUCCAGCACCGGGAGGUGACCUGCAUGUACCAGCUGCAGAAUGGCACCCACAUCGCCACACGGCCCUUCUACUGCCCAGGCCCCCAGCCGACACCGGUGCAGAGCUGCGAAGGCCAGGACUGCCUGUCCAUCUGGGAGGCAUCAGAGUGGUCACAGUGUUCUGCCAACUGUGGUAAAGGGAUGCAAAAACGAACUGUGACAUGCACCAACUCACAAGGAAAAUGCGACGCAGCCAGGAGGCCAAAGUCCGAGGAGGCGUGUGAGGACUACUCCGGCUGCUACGAGUGGAAGACGGGGGACUGGUCUAAGUGCUCCUCGACCUGCGGGAAGGGCCUGCAGUCCCGCGUGGUGCAGUGCAUGCAUAAAGUCACCGGGCGCCACGGCAGCGAGUGCCCCGCCCUCUCCAAGCCCGCGGCCUACAGACAGUGCCACCAGGAGGCCUGCAACGACAAGAUCAACGUGAACACCAUCACCUCCCCGCGCCUCGCUGCCCUGACCUAUAAAUGCACACGAGACCAGUGGACAGUGUAUUGCCGGGUCAUCCGGGAGAAGAACCUCUGCCAGGACAUGAGGUGGUACCAGCGCUGCUGCCAGACUUGCAGGGACUUCUAUGCCAGCAGGAUGCGCCCGCCACAGCUGCCACAGCCCAGCUCCUGA